AUGUAUGGGAUGGAUGUGGACAACUCUUUCUAUUUUUGCGAUCAUGAGGAGAACAUUCAGCAUCUCUUCUUUGGAUGUGAUACUUUGAAAUUAAUCUGGAAAAAUAUGCUAGCCUGGAUUCAAGUUAGGCAUGAACCUGCAGAAUGGGAUGAAAAACUAAAUUGGCUGUGCAGAAAAGGGAAGAGCAGCAGUUGGAAAUCUAUGUUGCUAAAGCUGGCAGCCACUGAAACGGUGUACAACGUGUGGAAACAUAGGAAUGAAACAAUUUUUCAGAAGGAAGUUAAGGAUAGAAACAUAGAGAACGAUAUUAUUGAGAACAUUGUGUAUAGAGGUUAG